AUGCUGCACCUCCAUGUCUGGGGACCAGCCUUUGGCCUGGCCUCCAUCGACGCCGAGUGUCUCGCCAUCAUCACCCAUCUACACAAUGCGCUUCCUGCCAGCGGUUGGCGCCUCGUCCCGAGCAACGAUCCCUCCGCCAAUCCCUCUAAUCUUCUCCCCGCCCUCGACCACGACGGCACGUGGGUGAGCGGUUAUCGUCCCAUAGUCGACUACCUCACCCGCAAGUCGCUCUGUGCAAAUCUCGACGCGAGUCUGAGCCCCGUCCAGCAAGCAGACGCCGUCGCGUACAGCGCCUACCUGCUGGCCAGUGCUGCGCCUCUCGUCGAUCUCUCUCUCUACGUCUCGGCCGCCAACUGGGCUGCGGCAACGAGACCGGCCUACAACGCCCUGUUGCCAUUCCCCUUGACGUGGACGCUGCCGCCCCUGAUACGAGCCGAGGCUGCCCGGCGCGCGGAGCAUCUUGGCCUCGCCGAGCUGGAUACAGACUUUGAUCACAACGGCGGACUGCAUUUGACUGCCGGUAGGGACGCCUUGCCCGAGACGUUCCGCAGACAUCUGCCCGCGCCGACGAAGAAGACUGUGCGAGAGGAGAUGACGCCCGAGCAGGCUGCUGCCAUACGCUUGCACGGGCUGGCAGAGGACUGUCUGUCCGUCGUGCAAUCCCUGCUGGGGGAGACCGGUCCGGAUGCGAAGCCGCCUCGCUUCUUUGGCGGAAGCCACCCGUCAUCUCUGGACUGCUUGGCAUACGGCUUCCUGGCACUCAUGGUCGUCCCAGAUGUGCCCAGAAGCUUUCUGAGGGACUGGAUCCGAGCAGAGACUCCACGGCUGGCCGUGUUCGUAGAGUCAAUGACCCCCACCGAUUUGACGUGGGCUCCUACAGCCGCGGCCCCCUCACUUCUAAGCUCAACUGUCCGUGUAGCCGACUCCGUCGCACGAAACGUUCCCAGCCUCGGAGAGCAUUAUGCCAACGAAAUGCGGUACAGGACAGAAGUGGGCGUCAAGGGCCUGGAUCAGAGGGCUUUCGUCAUCAUGAUGAGCGUCGUGCUUACCGGCGCUGCCGUCAGGUACGGGUUGCACGUGUACAAGACCCUUCAGCCGUUUGGGGCCGGAGUGCAGGUUUGGAGACAACUCCGUCGCGCAUCUAGGCUGAGCCAGUUUGGAGAUGUUGGCAUUAUGCUGAGCAGUGCCAUGGGGCCGUGCCAACCGGGUCCGAUGGCCGCCGCAGCUGCUUCUCCGAGUGGUCGCCUCGUCGAGGUUGACUCGGAGGUGGAUUAG